AUGGCAAGAUACCUUUUGUGUGUCACAACAACUGAACCAGUCAACUUGGAGACUAAUUCUACACUCAUUCCACUAUUAUGUUCAGACACUUCAGAAGAUAUGAGGGUUAUACACAAUUCAUACUUCUCUAAUAUAUUUAAUGGUAUUGGUGAAGCAAUAGGGUUAAUUGGCUUUGGAUCAUGUGAGGAAGUUGAUAAGCUAGAAGAAUUAGCACUAGGCAUCAUUGUUAAUCCCAAUCACUCUUUAUUUGAGAAAGAUCAAGUGUAUAAGAAUAAAUAUGUCCUCACCAGUGCACUAAAAAGACAUUCCAUUCUUAAGCAUUUUCAAUUCAAGACAACAAGAUCAAGCUCAAUCAGCUAUUCGAUACAGUGCUUAGGUGAAAACUGUUGUUUGAGUUUACGAGCUUCAAGCUUGAACAAAUCUCAAAUGUUCAAGAUUAGAGAAUUUGAAAGCGAACACACAUGUUUGUUGCUACAUAAUUCAUUAUCGGAAAGGCAAGCAACUAAGAGUGUUGUUGGGAGUAUUAUUGUCGGUAAAUGUGCUGAACCAGAUGUUAUUUACACACCAAAAGAUAUACAACGUGACAUGUUAUCUGAAUAUGGUGUGCGACUCACAUAUAUGCAAGCAUGGAGAGCUAAAGAAGCAGCUCUUGAAUUAGUCCGGGGUGAUCCAAUUCAAUCAUAUGCAAAGUUGCCAAGCUACUUUCAUAUACUAGAGGCAACUUACCCUGGGAGUAUACUGCCACUUGCUUAUGCCAUUGUUGAUUCAGAGAAUGAUGCAUCUUGGAGGUGGUUUUUUGAGCAAUUCAGAGACGCAUUCGGUCAAAGAUUAGAGAUGUGUAUCGUUUCCGAUAGGCAUGCAAGCAUUAUUAAGGCAACUUCAAGAGUUUAUGAUGAAGUACCUCAUUUUGUGUGUAUGUGGCACUUACUGCAAAACAUAAUGAAAAACUUCAGAAAAAGUCAGCAAAGGGUAACUGAGUUGUUCUACUCUAUGGCAAAAACAUACACCAUGACAGAAUUUAAUCAAUGUAUGACAAUAGUUGAGAAAAUAGAUAAGAGGAUCAAAGAUUACUUGCUGAACAUUGGAUACAACAAAUGGUCGCGUGUGCAUGCUGAAGUAAACAGAACUUGGAUGAUGACGUCAAAUAUAGCAGAAUCAGUCAAUUCAAGAACAAGACAUGCCAAAGUUCUUACAGUCUUACACCUCUUGGAAUUCAUGAGACAGCUUGUCCAGAAAUGGAAUAACAAUAACAGAUCAAAGGCGACAUUUUCAGGUUUUCACCUUGGGAAAAAGUAUGAAAAUAUAUUGCGGCGCAAUAAAACUGCAUCAGAGAAAUUAAGGGUUGUAGAGACAAAUAAAUAUGUGUAUACGGUACUUGAUGGUAUUACACAAUUCACAGUUUGUCUUCACCAACGUACAUGCACAUGUGGGAGAUUUCAAUUGGAUGAGUUGCCAUGUCCACAUGCUUUGGCUGUUUUAACAAUAAAGCACACUGGUUAUGAGAAAUAUUGCUCUGAUUACUAUACAAGAAAAAAUUUAUUGCUGACAUAUCAGUUUCAAAUGGAUCCCCUGCCAGAUGAAAGCACAUGGAACACACCAACACAUGUUCUUGAAGAGGUUGUACUUCCACCUCAUGGAAAGAGACCUCCGGGAAGACCAAAAAAUAAAAGACAUACACAACUGAGAGAAGAUGGAUUCAAGAAGGCGAAAAUUACAUGCAGCAACUGUGGACAACAAGAUCACAACAGGAAGACUUGCAAAAAUGUUAGGCCUUAUGAUCAAGAAUAA